ACAUGAUCAGAAUUAUUCGCGCAUGCGCGAAUAGUCUGUUUUUGAAGCGGCAGAACCCUGUAGCAGCAUGAUUAACUGACCAAGUGACGUUAAUGUUGUUUGAUAUUGUCUUUAAGUUACACAUUCCUGAUGGAUUUAGACAGUGGUACAUACGAGCCUGGGUUCGUUGGUAUACGUUUUUGCCAAGAGUGUAAUAAUAUGUUGUACCCUAAAGAGGAUAAAGAGAACCGCAUCCUGUUGUAUGCAUGCAGGAACUGUGACUACCAGCAAGAGGCAGACAACAGCUGUAUCUAUGUCAACAAGAUCACCCAUGAGGUUGACGAGCUGACACAAAUCAUCGCUGAUGUUGCCCAAGAUCCUACGCUGCCAAGGACAGAGGAUCACCCGUGUCCAAAAUGCGGUCACAAGGAAGCAGUGUUCUUCCAAUCUCACAGUAUGAAGGCUGAGGAUGCCAUGAGACUGUACUACGUCUGCACAGCACCCCACUGUGGACACCGGUGGACAGAAUAAAAGCUGGUGGGGGUUAAACAAGUCCAGCGUUUGCGUUUCGAAUUGGCAGAAAGCAUUCCCAUCGGCAGCUCAAUUGGUGGGGUUUUCAGCCCUGUCACAUCACACAGAAUCCCAAAUAGAGCAAGAACUCUGAUAGGCUUGGCGCAUCCCAUCUGUAAGCAUGUUGUGAAUAGAAUGCGUUCAGCUUUUAUGUUUUUUUUAGAUACAAGUUGUUUAAUUAAAACAUUUUUUUCUAAUCUGUCUUCGUUUUUAUUUUAAAAAGUAUCCAACGAUAAUUAAAAAAAAAAAAUCACAUUGUUUGUGUAUCCAUGAUUGUGCCAGUUGGACAGUUCUGAUGACCCUGGUGAAAAAGCACCUCUGGAUUUUAAUGGGAAAACUGAUGAAUCUAGGAUGCACAUACAAGGCUUCACUAAAUAUACCCUAAAUCAUUUCUUAGUAUUUACAUAACUGGAUGUAACAGUUACUGGAUGUAAGAUUACUACUGUUGUUUUACCUUGACCUAGUGUGAGGGAGUAAUUAGUUUUAACAGUCUUUUCAGUACAGUCUUUGAGGAGUAACUGCACUGUAAUAAGCAUCUCUGCCUUUGUGCGGUCAAAUUCACCUAAAACCUUCCAAUGAUUACUAUCUCCCUGUUUUCAUCAUUCAUUUUGGGAUGUUGCAAAAAAAUUGUAAUGUUUUCCGACUGUCUCUUUAAAUGGUUUCCCAGACUUGAUGUGGUUCACCGGAUAACACUGUGGUUAUUGAAAUGCAAUGACCUUUUUCAGUUUAUGUAAUUGUUUUUUACUAAAUGUCUGAAUCUCCUGGGAAAUUUGACUGACUCAAUCACAUGACUUGCAGUAUUUAACUGAAGGUGUUUUCAUCAUUAAUGGAUCAGAGUAAAUUUAUACCACAUGCUAUUUUAAUGGAGAAGUCAUUACAUUUCUUGUGACUAAGUCUUGGCAUCACGGUUAUCUCUAAUCCUCUUCUCUUUUCAAAGAACUCUCUUGUAAAUUCCUGAAAUUCGGUCUGUCUUUGGCUGUGAAGAAUAUACUUGGUUUUCAAAUCUCUACCAAAAGGCAGUGGAAAAUUGGAGCACAUAGUCAUCUCGUUGAUUUGUAACUUGAUGACUGACAAUAGAAAUUCUCUAAAUUAGUCUGAACUUCCAGUGUUAAUAUUGUGGUAUGUCGCUUCCCAGUUGUGGUCAAAUAGAGACAAUGCAAUUCCAGUCUCAGGAAAAAAUACUGAAACUUUCUAAAUAGGAACUAGUCACAUAAUUUAUUACUUUAAAGUUUUUUCAAGCUUAAACAUGAACAGAAUGAUGUUAGUUGCUGAAGAACGUCCACCGACCUGAAAAAUUUGCGGGCCCAAACUUUUUGUGUCCUGUUAUGCAUUUAAAUUUAGCUGGGAUCACUUAUCAGACGAGGCCAAUGAGUAACUCAAGAUUUGAAUUGGUCAGAUCACUGACGAACGCUGAAUGUUUUAGUCCAAGCAAAGAAACUCUGUGAGAGCAGAUUUGUGGGAAUUUUGAGUUUUGAACAGACUUUUUUGUUGAAAGACUAUUUUUUCAUACACACUGUUUGUGUGUGAACUAACAACAGAAAGAAAAUACACAGUUAUUUUUUUACGAUUAAGAAUUCUUUACGAACAAAAAAGUGUUUUCCUUUUUUUCAAAAUGAAUAUCGAAAGAUUUGUUUCAAAUCAGUGCAUUAGGAGGGGACUGAGACUGCAGAGAUUGAUAGACUUUUCUUGAAAACAACACAAAAAACAAGUAUUAACAAUAAUAAGUGUUGUUAAAAGGAGAGGUGAUGUGAUAGAAUGAUACCUGGUCCUGUAUCCUAACUUUUUAAUGUAUUUUGUUCAUAUAUGAAUACAAUAAUUUCCUCCAUGUCAGAUAAGCCAAUGUUCACACAAGAAAUUAAAGAUGUGAUUUUUUCCCCUUGCAUUUGAGAAAACAUGCCAGCUUUACUGGAAUUGAGGUUUAUUGAAUAUUUUAAAAUGAUUAAGAUUUUUAAAUCCAUUUGAAAAUACCAGUUUGGUUUCUGUUAACAGCUGCUCAAAGUUGCUGAAACUCCAUUAAUGAUUUCUUCUAAAACCCCAACAACUUUUAACAUAGUGACACACAAGUCAUGUUGGACCCAUGUGAAAGAAAAUAGAGCUGCCAUUCGCCCACUGUGAGUGGCUUCUGGGAGCAUUGCUCACUCUCAUUUCCUCUUUUUUCUGGCAUGUAUAUUCCAAACAACCGGUUAGGCAACCGUACACGUGCAGCUGUAAAAUAACUUGUUUGCAUUCAUCCACUUGCUACAACAAAGAGCGGGGAAGGUGUGCUUUCCAUGAACACGCCCUCUUAGACAAACUCUUUUUAGGGUGGUGCACAUUCUGCCGCUGGUCAGUCAUCGCAGCAGGACCCAUGGAGCAAACCGGUAUGCAAACAUUUAUGUAUUAACGACAAAAAGUCUUCGCUCGUACCGCUGGUCAAGCUGGAAGGGUGAUAAUGCUUCUGAUUGUCUUCAAACUGCUUUUCAGUGAACGUGGUUUCGAGGCUUCAGUGGGGAGCAGCCGACCCCAAAAAAAAGGAGACCAUGAAGGGUUCGGCUCGGAGAGUCAUAAUUCACCACACUGCUCUCCAAAACUGCCAAGGUCUGGGAGGGUGCAAGGACCUCCUCCUGAGCAUUCAGAGGAUGCACAUGAGCGAAAGGCAGUUUGAUGACAUCGGAUACAAUUUUCUGGUUGGCAGAGAUGGCAGCGUGUUUGAAGGCCGUGGCUGGAACGUGGUGGGGGCACACACCAAAGGCAACAACAGUGACUCCCUCGGCAUUGCCUUCAUGGGCAAUUUUAACAAUGACACUCCCAGCAAAGAGGCGCUAUCGUCAGUCAAACAGCUCAUGCUAUCUGGAGUUUCCCAGGGCUCUCUGCACCCACAGUUUGACUUGUUUGGGCACAGAGAUCUGGGAGCAACAGCGUGCCCGGGAGAAAAUCUUUACGCUGCACUGGCUCAGCUAAGGAGAACAACAUAAAGCUCGGUUCAGAGUGGCAGAGAAACGUGGCCUAAUUCAAUCAGCUCUGUGUAGCAAACACAUAGUAAGCAUCAAAUGUCUUGUGGAUUAAAAACUCAUUUUAACUUUGUUGACAUAUUAAGGGAAGGCCUCAGUUGUCAUGCUCAGAAAGAGGCCUUGAGGCAUUCAGUGGCUGUCAGGAAAUUCUCUUACAGCAGAGGGAGCCAACACAAAGAAUGAGACCAAGGAGCUGCUGUGUCCACAGGUGACAGCUAAAACAUUAGAACUAGUUGGACCGAGCUGGUAGUGAUGUUUUUCAUUUUAGAUUUUCCCCAAUUCAACUUGAAUGUCAAUCUUAAGUGCAAUAUUUAAACUUGAUUUAAACUUGACUUGGUGCAGAUGGUUGGUUAAUGGCGUAAAAUAAA